ACAUGGAUCUGAUAGAACAUUUAUGGGAUGAAAUGGGUAGACGUCUAAAAAAUUAUCAAACUCAAAAGAAAGAUCAAUUGAAAAAUGCAAUACUUGAAAUAUGGAACAGUAUUGACCCUACUGUUACAAUAAAAUUAGUUAAAUCAAUGGAAAAGCAUAUGCACGAAGUAAUUAAAGCUAAAGGAGGACCAACUGACCAUUAA